UUCAGCUUUUUACUUUGGACUGACUGGAUCCUCUUUUUCAUCAAGGAAGAAGAUCUGAAGUGGAUUUCUUUGAGGUGCACGAUGAUGCGGACGCUUGGCCUUCAGGUGGUUGCCAUCUGUGUUUUCCUGCAGGUGCCGGGCUGUUUCCCAUCAUGCACCAUAAAGGGCUCAUUAGCCUACUGUGGCUUCCAGAACCUCUACUCAAUUCCUCCUCUCCCUCCUCACAUCACCCAUUUGUACCUGGAGAUGAACAACAUCAAUGAGAUCAACUCUACCUCGCUAUCAAGCCUUGAGGGGCUGCAGAUGCUGGACCUCGGACAACAGCGCGGGCAGCUUGUUAUCAGGAACAACGCCUUCAGCAGACAAAAGCAUCUGAGGAAGCUUUCACUUGACUGUAAUGUCGGCCUUCAGCUGGAACCGCAGGCCUUUGAGGGGUUGUCAAGUUUGCAGAGUCUACAACUGGAUUACUGCUCACUUAAAGAUUCGAUACUAAAGGACAAAUAUCUAGAACCACUGUCAUCCUUAGAAACUCUCAGCCUCUUUGGUAACCAGAUAGAAAGACUCCAGCCUUCACCAUUCUUUUCAAAAAUGACUAAUUUGAAAAACUUGAAUCUCAAGCUGAACAAAAUUGACAAAAUUUGUGAGCCCGAUCUUGCUGGCUUUCAGGGAAAAAGCUUCACAGUUCUGAACUUGAACUCCGUCGACCUGAAAGCAAUGUCCAGUGACGACUUUGACUGGCAGAAAUGCGGAAAUCCUUUCAGAGGGAUAUCCUUUCAAAUGCUCGAUUUGUCCGGGAACUGGUUUGGCAUACGUCAAUACAGAGAGUUUUUCAGAGCCAUCAAGGGGACAAAGAUCUUCCAUCUGAAAAUGUCAGGGCACAUAGGCAGAGGAUUUUCAUUCAAUAAUCUCCCUGAUCCAGACCGCAGCACAUUUGAGGGCUUGCACAACAGUUCGGUCCGCUCUUUUGAUCUGUCUAAAAACCGGAUAUUUGCAUUGCAACAAGGGGUUUUUAGUCCACUGAAAGAAGUCUCAAUCAUCACUGUUUCCCAAAACAGAGUGAAUCAGAUACACAGAAAUGCCUUUGAAGGUCUUCAGGAUAAUUUAAAACUUCUUAACCUCUCACACAACCUGCUUGGGGAAAUCUAUUCUCACACAUUUGAUUUUCUGACAAACCUUCAGGUGUUGGAUUUGUCUCAUAAUCACAUUGGUGCAUUGGGUUAUCACUCAUUUAGUGGACUUCCCAACCUCAAAGUAUUAUCUCUGAUAGGAAAUUCUCUGAGAGACUUAGGCUUCCCUGCACUUCUACCAAGUUUAGAUUUUCUUUUAUUGAACGACAACAAGAUGGCGCCCUCAUCAAUGAGCAGCAUCACUCAGUUUGCCAGUAACAUCAUGCAUCUGAACAUUCAGGACAACAGAUUAACAGACAUGGGGGAUGUCUCCACCAUUUUGAUUCACCUGAAACGCCUUAAGCACCUCUUUUAUGGGGGAAACACAAUCAGGAGAUGCUCCUUCAGCAGACUAGUCGGUCUGCAUAAUCUCACAGUUCUGGAUCUUCACAGCAGCUCCCUGCAGUCUGUUUGGGCUCAGGGUAAAUGUCUCAAUCUGUUUGACAAUUUGGGGCAAGUUGCUGGUCUCAAUUUGAGCUUCAACGCACUGCAGUCUCUUCCUCAAGGUAUUUUCAAUGGUCUCACCUCAGUACAGGAGAUGGACCUCUCAUCCAACGCCUUGACAUAUCUCCAGCCUGAUGCAUUUCCAAAAAGUCUGAAAGUACUCUACCUUUCCAACAACUUCAUUGCCUCGCCUAACCCUGCCAGUUUCCACUCUCUGAGCUUCCUCAACCUCGGUAUGAACCGAUUCCACUGCAACGCUGAUCUGAAGAGCUUUCUGACUUGGUUGAACGAGACUAACGUGAUCCUCCUGAGUCCUGUUAAUGAGCUCAGAUGUGAAUUUCCUGCUGGUUAUCAUGAUGUUCCUCUGACAGAGUUUUCUGCCACAGUGGUCUCACAGUAGUGAAAGCAACUAAAAGUAAACACAAACAUCUUUUAUAGCUGGAAAAUCAUGAUGAAAUAAUCAGUGGAGUAGUGCACUGGUGUCAUGCAACACUGAUUAAA